UGGGACUGUCAGCCAUUUAUCUCUUUCUGGUGUUUUCACUUAUUAUGUGGUAAUAAGUCAUGCCACGUCACAGCUCCAGUGUCCUUGCUUCAAUCCUGCACUCAGGCACCAUGGCGGUGACGAUGUGCCAGGUUAUAGGAUUUGUGCUGGGCCUUUUAGGGCUCGGGGGCAUCAUUGCUGCCACAGCCAUGGACAUGUGGAGUACAGAGGAUCUGUACGACAACCCGGUUACCUCUGUCUUCAGCUAUGCGGGACUGUGGAGGUCGUGUGUAAGGCAGAGCUCAGGAUUCACAGAGUGCAGGCCCUAUUUCACCAUCUUGGGACUUCCAGGCCUAUUCCAAGGUGUGAGAGCGCUCAUGAUUGUGGGCAUAGUUUUGGGAGUUAUCGGAUGCCUCAUUGCCAUUUUUGCCCUUAAAUGCCUCAGAAUGGGCAACAUGGAGGACCGUGUGAAAGCGACUAUGACUCUGACUUCAGGGGUCAUGUUUGUUAUCGCUGGGAUCUGUGGCAUCGCUGGGGUUUCCAUCUUUGCGAAUUUGAUCGUGACCAACUUUGCGCUCGCUACCUUUACCUCGCCUAAUGGGUUGGGGCUAGUCGGCUCAGGCCUCGUCGGGUCACCACUUACUCCGAGAUACACGUUCGGCUCGGCCCUGUUUGUUGGUUGGGUUGGCGGAGGUGUUCUGUUUAUUGGUGGUGUCUUGAUGUGUUUGGCCUGCCGUGGAUUGAUGCCUGAGAAACGCUAUGAAGGAACGGCAUACAAACCUGCAACCCACAGUGGCAUCUACAGAUCAGAAGGCGUUCCUAAGACUUACAACAGCUCCUACAAGGCUCACAGUAUAGACGGUAGACCCUCCAACCAGAGAUUCGACUAUGUUUAAAAUGUGCAUAUGGGCACACAUGGGGUAGAUAAAUGCGUUCAAAGAGAGUAAGAAAGAAGCAACACAGUGACAUAGCAAUAUGCAUGUAAAAGCAAUACUGUAGAAGUAGCCCAUAAUAAUUCUUUAACAGGGAAAUAUUUAUAAAACACCCAAAAAGGUUGCAUGCAACUUAUAAUUAAGUAAAAACCAUAAAUAUUAUGUAUUAAAAGAAAUAUCUAGUCUUUCU